AUGGUUUCUCCCCUGUUUUUGAAAUUGCCGAUACCAGAUCAAAAAGUAAAUUUUACUACACAUAAUGCAGUCGAAUCAGAAAGAAUACGGGAAGCGUUGAACUCUCCGGACAAAUCUGACUGGUCCAUAAGUGAUGCAGUAAGUCGUAAAAGUGUCCAAAGGAAUAGAUAUUCGAACGUUUUUCCGUGGAAUAAGUCAAGGGUCAAAUUGCCAGUUGAACAAGGGCAUUCGGAUUACAUCAAUGCAUCGUACAUAAGUAUGGGUAAUAAAGUUCGGUAUAUAGCAGCACAGGGACCUCUUGAAGCUACAAUACAUCACUUUUGGUCUAUGUGUUAUAAUGAGUCAGAAAAGCAGAAAAAUGAUACAGUGAUCAUUGCGAUGGUUACACCCUUGACAGAAGGUGGUAUGAAGAAAUGCUCUCAGUACUGGCCAACCAAGACUAAUCCCGUAUUGAAUGUUACCACGUUGUUACAAGGUGAUGGGAUUGAAAUACCCGGUUUGACCGUGCACUUUGUAUCUGAAACAUACAUCGAGAAAGGUGAUUACUUAUUGACUGAAAUGGAAUUGAGAUCAAAGACACAGGUGAAAAAGGUCUACCAUUUCUACUACUACAAAUGGGCCGAUGCUAGAGUUCCACCCUCUGUUAGUCCGCUAAUAUCCUUGUCGCAAGAGAUAAGAGCUUUGAAGAAAUCAGUCACCAAUGAACCGGUUCCUAUCGUACACUGUUCAGCUGGUGUUGGACGUACCGGUACUUUUAUCGCUCUAGAUCAGCUAUUUAAUGAAUUGAGUCCCGAUAUCCUCGAUCCAGCGAAUGACCAAUUCGAUCCAAUUGAAGCGAUUGUUACUCAAUUGCGUAGCGAAAGAAUGAUGAUGGUUCAAACUGUGUAUCAAUAUUGCUUUCUUUACGAUACUAUGAGAGAAGUAUAUGCUAAAUAG